AGGUUUGUCUCUACCCUCCCCUACAGUUAAUUUCUGUGGUGUGUCUAUGGCAUUGGCCGUUUGCUUUCAGGGGCAAAUUUUGUGCGAGACCGACAGACAAGGGGCGAACAUUUUGAAAGCUGUAACGUUUCACAGCGAAUGGGGGCGGGGGAGGAUUUUGGAGGAGCUACGCAAGUGGAUUGUCUUCACAGAUAACGUAUUUGAGUGUUGGUUUUUUUUGGGGUUUCGGUGUGGCGAGCUCCUCGGGAUCGGUAAGCAGCGGGAGUUGAACAGCGCGGGCGCGUGCCGCGUUUUGAACAGGGCUCACGUUCCAAAGCGGCGGGCGCCAUGAGCAACAUUUACAUCCAGGAGCCCCCGAGCAGUGGCAAGGUCCUUUUGAAGACUACAGCUGGUGAUAUUGAUAUAGAGUUAUGGUCAAAAGAGGCACCAAAAGCAUGCAGAAAUUUUAUCCAACUCUGCUUGGAAGGUUAUUAUGAUAAUACAAUAUUUCACAGGGUUGUACCUGGCUUUAUUGUGCAAGGAGGAGAUCCAACAAGAAGCGGAACUGGUGGCGAAUCCAUAUAUGGGAAGCCUUUUAAGGAUGAAUUUCAUUCUCGUUUACGUUUUAAUAGAAGAGGACUGGUUGCUAUGGCAAAUGCUGGACCUCAUGAUAAUGGUAGUCAGUUUUUCUUCACAUUGGGUCCUGCGGAUGAACUCAAUAACAAACAUACCAUCUUUGGAAAGGUGACUGGUGAUACUAUUUAUAAUAUAUUAAGAUUAGCAGAAGUAGAAAUUGAUAAAGAUGAGCGACCAAUCAGCCCUCAUAAGAUUAAGUCUACAGAGGUGCUGCACAACAGCUUUGAUGACAUUGUUCCAAGAGUGUUGAAAAAACACAAAAAGGAGAAAAGAGAGGAGGAAAUGAAAAAAUCUUACUCCAAGGGGACAAAAAAUUUCAGUUUGCUUUCCUUUGGAGAAGAAGCAGAAGAGGAAGAGGAGGAAGUAAACCGAGUUAGCCAGAGCAUGAAAGGAAAAAGCAAAAGUAGUCAUGAUUUGUUAAAGGAUGACCCCCGGCUGAGCUCUGUUCCAGUUGUUGAAAGUGAGCCAGGAAUAACAAAGACAAAAAGGGAAUCUGACAAGGAGGAAGAUGAUGAAUCUGACUGUGAAGAAUGGGAAGAAAUGCUGAAAAAAUUGAAGAAAGAUACAAAUGAAGAUGUUAAGCAUCAGCUGAGAGAGGAUGAUGAUGAGAAAAAGAAACUCAGCCGUAGUGAAGAGCUACGCAAAGAAGCACGUCAGAUAAAACGUGAGCUAUUGGCAGCAAAACAGAAGAAGUUGGAAAUUCUGAAAAAGGAAGACGAGCCACAAGAGACCAUGCAGGCUCCAAAUAGUGCAGUAGCAGAAUAUUUAAAUGAAAGGAAAAAAUAUGAAGAAUUACGAAGACAAAAACCAAAAAACGGGUCCACACGUGAGGAACAGACUUUGGCAUUACUUGAUCGAUUCAAAUUAAAGCUGACAAAGGCCAUCUCGGAAACUCCAGAGGUGGAACCAGUUCAACCAGAAGGGGAAGAUGAUCAAGGCUGGAUGUCCCACAUCCUCCAGUUUGAGGAGCAAACUAGAAAAGUGAAAGAUGCAAACAUGCAAGAUGAAGACACUUUCGAAAUACAUGAUCCUCGGAAUCCAGUGAACAAAAGGAGGAGAGAGGAAAGUAAAAAGAUCAUGAAAGAGAAGAAAGAAAGAAGAUAAAACCCCUCUCCCCCUUGAAUAGAUGUUGCAUGUAACUGAUGAGUUCUGUCCUAGUCAUAUGGCAUUAGGGUAUAUCUACUAAUACUUAGACAGCUUGAUGCAGUCUGUAAUAGCACAAACUUGCAAGAUGACUCUUACAAAAAGAAUACAUUUUCUAAUGAUUUUCCUUGAAAUAAAUAGAAAAUAAAUUUUAUU